UUCUUGGAUUUCAGUGUUAGACUCAACAUGAAAUUGUGUUCUUACGGAGUGUUUUGUGUUCUUGCUGGAUUUAUUGGAUUUGGAAUUUGUGCCAAUAGUGAUGUUGAAUCCAUUUAUUACUGGCGGAAUGUUAACUACGAAAAUCUACCUUUAGCAGAUGAUGCUAUGAUCGGACCGUAUCCGUACUAUAUUCCCACCAAUAACGACAUCAUUGGAAUUGAGUAUCAUGCAGCAAGUGGACUGUUUAUAGCAUCCGUAGUUCGUAUUAGGCCAGGAAUCCCAUCGACGCAGAAUGCCUUCUGUGUAUCUGACUACGCAAAGGGCACCAGUCCACAUAUUUGGGGCUUCCCUAACUAUGCAGUGAAUACCCUAAAAGCGUCAUUUUUUCAUGAUCCUGUAUCAGGGAUAACGAGAUCAAAUUUAAAAGGAACGGAAGAAACGGAUAGAAUGAACAUCACCUACUCUGCAGGCUACUACAAAUACUUCUUCGAAGACUACCGUCGUGGACUAGUCUACGGUGGGCACAAGAAGACAAGCAAGAAGCACUACAACUAUCCCUAUAGCACAGAUGAAGACUACACCAUUAUUGAUUCACAUCAUCCCCUCGUAGAUAACCGUUGUAACCGACUUUUUAACGUAGACUCAGGCGUCCUUCAUUACUCAACGUCUGAACAGUUUGAUGUUCAAUUUCCUAGUCUCCUAAUUUACGAACUUCCCUACGAUGGUUGUCGAACUAGGAGAUUCCCACUACUUAGACGUGUAGAGAUCCCCAGACAUCUCUGGGAAGUUUCUCUUGGGUACAAUUUCAUAUCAAUUGAAUACAUACCAAAGGGUUCAUGUGACGAUGUUUUCAUCUAUGUUGGGAAUGCUUUUGAUAACCGUCUCCUUGUCUAUGACUACAAGAGGAAUAAUUUCUGGAAUAUCGAAGACUCCUCGAUGAAGCCCAUUCUUUCAGAAGCCAAUAUGGUCUUCAAUGGAGACUUUGACUAUACUCUUGUACUAGGUAUCACCAGCAUUACUUUUGGAUGGCCAGAUAAAGAUGGGAACCGUAUUGGAUACUACUCACCUGGUUCCAGCCAAGGAGAGUACACUGUUUCCUCAAAAUAUCUGAGGAAUCCUGAUAAGUUCUACCACAAAGACAAAUCUGAUCAAUUCACUCUCGUCGGUUACGGUGGUUGCAAUUCCCAAGUCUAUAAACACAUCUUCGAUGAGGAAACAGGUGUGAUUUACUUUGCUGAAAUGCAAUCACGUAGAGUUUCAUGCUGGGACACAAGAAAACCCUUCAAUCCGGACAAUAUUGGUGUGGUUUACCAAUCAGAUGAAUUAGAAUUCGUUUCUGGGUUACUCUUUGACUCUGCUGGGUACCUCUGGUUCCACUCUAGUCAAGUUCCCAUUGAUUUCCUCACCAGUGAUCCAUUGGAUUUGACCAAAAUUAAUUCUCAGACUUUCCGUGUGAAGCUCUCAGAAGCCAUUAGGGGAACGAUUUGUGAACCUCCAGGAUAUGAAUAUUCAGAGCAUUACUACAGAGAGUUAGAUUCCAAUGAGGAGAAUCGAAAAAUUUAAAUUUGUUUUGUAAUUUUUUAAAAAACAUUUUUACAUAUAAUUAAAAAAAGAAAAAUUAAAUUAUUGCUGGAAUUAC